AUGCCUUCCUACACUCAAGUUCAUGCCGAUCCCAAGGGCCCUGAGGACGCCCGCCCAACAGCUAUGCAAAUUAUCACGGAUGAAGGCAUGGAAGGCAAACUCACAGGAAAGGUCGUCGUCAUCACUGGUGUCUCCUCCGGCAUUGGCAUCGAGACAGUCCGAGCCCUCGGCGCUACCGGAGCCACCCUCUACUUGACUGUCCGGGACUUGAACAAAGCCAAGGAAGUACUUGGAGACAUCUUCGUGCCCAGCCGAAUGGAGCUUGUGCAAAUGGACAAUGCAUCCUUGAAAAGCGUGCGGCUCGCUGCCAAGGCCAUACUGGAAAAGACAAGCAAGAUCAACAUUCUCAUCGCAAAUGCCGGCAUCAUGGCUAUCCAGAAUCUACGACUCACUGAAAGUGGCCACGAACUGCAGUUUGCCACCAAUCAUCUGGCCCAUUUCCUGUUCUUCCAGCUCCUUAAGUCCGCACUCUUGGCCGCCUCCACUGCAGACUUCCAGUCGCGAGUUGUCAUGGUGGCUUCUUCAGGACAUCGACCCCACGGUCUAAAUGCUUCUGACAACUACCACUUUCAACAGGGCAAUUACGACCCUAAUAGCGCUUAUACUCAGUCCAAGUUGGCGAAUGUCUACAUGGCCAAUGAGAUUGAACGUCGGUACGGAUCCUUGGGUCUGCAUGCGCUCAGUCUUCAUCCCGGUGUCAUUGCAACGGCAUUGGGCCAGCAUAUGCCUGAUGAAGUGAUCCAGGGGAUGUUGCGGAACCCAGAGCUGCUCAGAAAUCUGAAAAGUCCCAUGCAAGGCGCGUCUACUACUGUUUGGGCUGCUGUUUCAAAGGAAUUGGAGGGCAAGGGAGGGCUGUAUCUGAGUGAUUGUUCGGUGGCUGAGCUUGAUGAGAAGGAUGAUAGUCCAUAUUCUCCGAAGGCUACCAGCCAUACUUAUAACGCGGAUGAGGAAGCUAGACUAUGGAAGGAUUCAUUGGAGAUGGUGGGUCUGUCUCAGGAUGAGUAA